ACCCUCUCCUCUUGUCCGUGGGCUAGCCUUGAUUUCUUCAUCGAGUUCACGAGUUCUUCUCCGGUCGGGUUCUUCGUCUCUGGUUCUCAAGGUUCUGGUCUUUUUGGGUUGUCUAGUCGCUCUUCCGGGCUUUCGGGCUAUUUUAGUUUCUGUUGUUCUAUUCGGGGGUUGA